AUGUCUAUCAGCAACAAAACCAACUCGAGCCAUACUACAACUCCUGCCACAACUUGGGGUUUGGAUAGCACUACUUUGGACGACUGGCUUGAAAACGAUUUGAAGCAAUCCAGCUUAUUCCAAUGCCGCAAAUCAAUCACUAAUACUACUACCACCACCACCACUACUCCUAAAAAUAACAAAGAUACCCAUAAUACUACAAACAACAAUAAUGCGACGAAAUGCUCAUUGAAGAAUCUACUGGCCCAUGAUGAGGAAUCCAAGAUUAAGCAACAAGAGCAAGAGCCUUCAAAAGACAGCAUCAAGAACAAUACGGAUGACAAGCCAUUGCCACCACAUUUGAUACCACUUAUCAAGGUUUAUUCAUUACUGAAUACAAUUCGUCAAAACGAGCAAUUGGUCAAGGAAAAGCAAUACAACAAGAAACGAUUGUAUGCCACACCUCCUCCUCCUUCGCCUGUGUUGAGCACUGUCAGUAGCAAUGAUGCUAAUUGCAACAGCGACUUUCACUACCACCAUCAACACGUCCAACCCACUCCAGUGAUUAAAAAGAAGAGGGGCAAUAAUCGUCCACCUGUUGACUUGGUGGUAAAGAGACAGCGUAACACAGAUGCUGCACGCAGAUCAAGACUAAGAAAAGCCAUCAAAAUGGAGACAUUGGAGAAGCGCGUUGAUGUAUUGAAGACUGAUAACGAACGAUUGCGAGUGAAAGUAGCUGUAUUGGAAACUGAAGUAACUCAUGCUACUGAAAAAGAACAACGUAAUAGACAAAGAGUGUUGGAAUUGGAAGCUCAACUGGCUAUUGCCCACAAGCAACUGGUAGAAGAGUACAAGUAA